AUGGCCCGGGAGAACGGCGAGAGCAGCUCGUCCUGGAAAAAGCAAGCGGAAGACAUCAAGAAGAUCUUCGAGUUCAAGGAGACCCUCGGAACUGGGGCCUUUUCUGAAGUGGUUUUAGCUGAAGAGAAAGCAACUGGGAAACUCUUUGCAGUGAAGUGCAUCCCGAAGAAGGCACUGAAGGGCAAAGAGAGCAGCAUUGAGAACGAGAUCGCUGUUCUUAGAAAGAUUAAGCAUGAAAACAUCGUUGCCCUGGAAGAUAUUUAUGAAAGCCCGAAUCACCUGUACUUGGUUAUGCAACUCGUGUCUGGCGGAGAACUCUUUGAUCGGAUAGUGGAGAAGGGAUUUUAUACAGAAAAAGAUGCCAGCACCCUUAUUCGCCAGGUCCUGGAUGCUGUGUACUAUCUCCACAGAAUGGGCAUCGUCCACAGGGACCUCAAGCCUGAAAAUCUCUUGUACUACAGUCAAGACGAGGAGUCCAAGAUAAUGAUCAGUGACUUUGGUUUGUCAAAAAUGGAGGGCAAAGGAGAUGUGAUGUCCACGGCCUGCGGGACCCCAGGCUAUGUUGCUCCCGAAGUUCUUGCCCAGAAACCAUACAGCAAAGCUGUGGACUGCUGGUCCAUCGGGGUGAUCGCCUAUAUCUUGCUCUGUGGCUAUCCUCCCUUCUAUGACGAAAAUGACUCGAAGCUGUUUGAACAGAUCCUUAAGGCAGAAUAUGAGUUCGAUUCCCCUUACUGGGAUGACAUCUCUGACUCUGCAAAAGACUUCAUUCGGAAUCUGAUGGAGAAAGACCCAAAUAAAAGAUACACCUGCGAACAGGCAGCUCGACACCCAUGGAUUGCUGGUGACACAGCCCUCAACAAAAACAUUCACGAGUCCGUCAGCGCCCAGAUCCGGAAGAAUUUUGCAAAGAGCAAAUGGAGACAAGCGUUUAAUGCCACGGCCGUCGUGAGGCAUAUGCGGAGACUACAGCUUGGCAGCAGCCUGGACAGUUCAAAUGCAAGUGUCUCAAGCAACCUCAGUUUGGCCAGCCAAAAAGAUUGUCUGGCACCUUCCACGCACUGUAGUUUCCUUUCUUCUUCGUCGGGGGUCGCAGGAGUCGGAGCUGAGAGGAGACCCAGGCCCACCACUGUGACAACAGGGCACACUGGAAGCAAGUGACCCGGCUCUGGAGGCGGGACCCAGGGGGCAGGGCCGGAAGGAGAAGCCCUUGGCCAGAGGAGCUCCAUCAGCGGAGACCCCACCCACCCUGCAUGGUGCGCCUGCGUAGGACUGGAAGACAGAAGUUUUUUUAUGGCCAUAUUUUAUACCGCAAUUCUGAUGUGUUCAUUUCUCACAAACUGUACUGACUCAAGGGGAGCUGACGUCACAGGAUCUGGUGCUGUAUAUACGAAUCUUGCAAAGCUCUAACUGAAUGAACCUUCUCGCUCCCCUUUCCCAACUCCACCACUAACGCUCUCUCAGUGUAGGCAGCCAUCUAGGGUGUAUUUUUUCAUGAAAAAAAAAAACAACAAAAAAACAAAAAAAGGUUUCAACUGGAUUAUUUAAACAUUGGUAAAUGUUGUGCAUUAGGAUUGUUUUUUUUUUUUCUUUUUGAGAUGUGUCGUCUUUUUUAUCUCUAUCAGUUAGUUACAUGACUUCUAUCAUUCACUCUUUAAUAGUGGUUUAAAUCUUUAAGAGAUAUUUUUUCCCUCCAAGAGGAGUUAAAAGGUUUUUUUUUGUUUUGUUUUGUUUUUUAAUUCUAAGAGGAACAAGAAUCUGUCUCCAUGGUUAAGAGUGCACUUUACCUGUGCUCCUUGGCCCUCUGUCCUUUCCUCCAGAGGUCACCCCAGUAGCUGGGCCAGGCUGGCUUCUUUGCAGGUGGCUUUGGCAGGGAACCUGCAGAAAACCUUACCAGCAGCUUCCUCCUGAGAACUGCUAACCAAUCACAGAAGAAAUAAGCUUCUUACCUCUUCCCUAGACUCCAGGCUCCAAAUUCCAGAUGAACUGUGCUCUGGGAACACGGUCCCCACAGUGCCAAUAUUUAGGAGCCUCCCUUGCAGAAGGGACAAGCCACCAUCUUGUUUUUAAAAUGAACCACACACAACCCUCAUUUCUCAUGGGGGGUAAUGGAUGAAACUCUGUUCUCAGCUAUGCACUUUUAAAACGAAUCUUUCUUUAUCUGUUUUAAUUUUUAGAAUUCAUUUCUAACCCUACCCUUCAAAUGGCCUAUAACACAUACUUUUCACCCUCCACAGUUUUACCCUGUUCUCUCAUGAACAUUACCCACCCAAGAGAGGGGACAGAAAUGGCCUUGAAGAAGACACUUAUUUUAGCUGAAAAGGAAACACACUACAUGAGUAGAAUACUGCCCACCUCAGAGAUGGCUGACUCAGCAAGGUCCAGCUGGAGCACAAGCCUUCCCUUACAUCAAAGAAUCUAAAAUAAAAGUACAUGUGAUGGUCAGGCCAUUGUGUGCCCUCGUUUAACAGGGACUGAAGGAUUUCCCAGUAUGUGGAACUUGAAGGCUGAAAUCAGGACUGUUCUGUGAAAACCAGUCCAUGUCACUGAGCUGCACAGUGGCUACACACACAGGAAGAACAGGCACAGAGCAUGGUUCAGGGUGAACAUUCCCCAAGGAGGCUCUCAGAGACCAAAGCAAGUGGCUCAAAUGCCAGUUUUGCCAACGUUCCCUUUAGCUCUCAUGUCUAUUUAACACCUUAGCCUCAUCUGCAGUUAGCUGCAGUCUGCCGAGAUGGGCUGCGUUAGGUCUCCCUAUGGCUCAGGAACUGUCCUCAUGCCCCUAUGUAGUUGCCACCAUAGAAAGUCCUACUGGACAAGUGAGUCAUCCGUGUCAGCCCUACACCUUUGCCCCCAGCUCUCUGCAAGGCACACACACACACACACACACACACACACAAUGUUGCUAGGCAGGCAGCUCCAGUUCCUCAAAGGACACCUGCAAGAUAUAGACGAGCAGUUUCACAGUCAGACAUCUGGUCCACCUGUUCCUACUUGUGCCAUGGACCCCAAAUGCUUAGUGAGAAUCCUGCCACACCAGGCCAAAGGGUAGCAGUUGAAGCUGUCAUUUCAAAAAUCUAUAUCCUUCCAGGAAGGGUUUCUAAAAUGACAGCAGACCCAGUUAGAAAGCAAAUGCCACUGAAUAUGGAGACUCACGCACCUGCCCCACCCUUCAGAAAGGCAAUGAUAUAAAUAUUACAAAGAGUAUUUAAGAAGACCCAGAAGUGUCUCUAAAGUUUAUAGGAUGUUUCCUACCAACAAGCAUCAUGGAAAUGUUCAAGUUCGUAUUAAUCUAAGAAAAAACUACAGGUGUGCUGGGUGGGCUGUGAUUACAACACUGGAGAGCCUGAGGCAGAGGGGUCUCAAUUUCUAUGCAUCCUGAUAUCAUUAGCAAGUCCUUCUCUCAAGACAGGAGGGAGAAGGAUGGAGGCCGACUGGUUGGUUGCCGCUUUUACCUGAAUUUGACACCUUUCAUGUGUUAGGCCUUUAUGCUGUAUGGUACACCUAAGUAUUUGCAUUUACAAAGCAACAUUCUUAUUAAUGAUGAGAGUAUUUCAUAGAGAUGAUAUAUGGGU